CUUCCAGGCGGGCUUCGUUGCAAGUGACACUACCCGCUGGAUAGGAUUCUGUGAAUCAUCACCACCAAACGAACCCGCUCAAUGGCCACAGCGGCAAAGAGAGUCAGUCGACUCAUCACGUCAAGACCGAUGCACCUCACUGGGACGCCAGCCCUUCGUCCCUUCACCCAUUUGCGAAUGAAUUCCUCAGCAGCAGCAGCAGCAGCAGCAGCAACCCCCUCUGCCCCAGCUCCUUCAUCCUCCCCGGGUGAAGAAGCAGCAGCAGCCACCAAAGCGGCGCAAGCCAACUACAAAAUCGUGCAAGACAUCUCCAACUUCGCACAAACCGAAGCCAGCCGCCCACCCUUCGACCACACCUCCCCGGCAAUCGAGGUGACCCAAUCCCCCUACCCCAGCUGGACCUACGGCCAAGGCGUGCCAGACAACGGCGCCAGCGCCGGCAAAACCCACCGCGAGAUCGAUCCGUACGCCGCCUCCCGCCCGGCGAUCAACAACUACCGCCUGCUGGUGUCGGGCAUCGCGCCGCGGCCCGUGGGCUUCCUGAGCACCGUCUCCGCCGACGGCACCACCAAGAACCUGGCGCCCUUCAGCUACUUCCAGGUGGUCGACCACGACCCGCCGCUGUUCGUCGUGGGCUUUUCCUCGCGGCCGGGCCGCGCCAAGGACACGUACCGCAACCUGCAGGCGACGGGCGAGUGCGUCAUCAACACCGUCUCCGAGGGGAUGAUCGAGGCGGUCAACGCCACCGCCAUCGACGCCCCCUACGGCGUGUCGGAGUGGGAGGUCAGCGGGCUGACCGAGGCGCCCAGCGCCACUGUAACGCCGUCGCGCGUCCGCGAGUCGGUCUUCUCGAUCGAGGGACGGGUGCUGGAGAUCAAGGAGUUCGCGGCCCACAGCCCCGGGAUGAGUGUGUCGGCGGUGGUGUUGAUCAAGGCGACGCGGUUCUGGGUGGAGGAGGGGGCGCUCGAUGCGGAGGGCAGUCACAUUGAUCUGGAGAAGUUGAGGCCCGUGGCGCAAUUGGGGGGUGUGGCGUAUGGGCGCAUCACGUCGACGUUUGAGCGGCCGCGGACGAAGUGGGGGGCGGAGGUGGAGAAGAGUGAGCUGUUGAGGGAGUUGGAGCGGAGGAAUGAGGACGAUGGAAACUAGAUUCAUGAUACCAUGGGAUUAGAUGUGGCGUUUAGAUUUUCAGUGUUGUUAUGCUU